AUGAAAUCCGUAUCAUCCUCCUCUUCCUCCGUUAGCCCCGGACGAGCCAAGCACCUCGAACGCAACCGCGUCGCUGCCAACAAAUGCCGCGAAAGAAAGAAGCGAGAACACAAACAAAUCGAACGUCGCCUCAGCGAUGAAACCGAAAAGAAAGACCUCCUCCUAGCACAAUUGAACAGUCUACGAGAAGAAGUCUGGGAUUUGAAGAACCUCAUUUUCCAACACGCCGACUGCCAAGACCACCAAAUCAACCGCCAGCUUGCCAAGAUGACCGAGACUGUUCUGCAAAGUAAUCCCACCGUGGAUGCCAACACUGGCUUACCUACGAGCUCAUCUCCAGCCUUUUCGACUGGGACAUGGUCCGAUGAGUCGAUCGCAGGUGAUACCAAACCCGGAUCGGGCGCAUAUGAUCCCAACACAUACGAUCGGAACGAUUGGACUGUGUUGCCUGCGAUCGCGAACGAUUUUCCGCCUUACGAAUCGAAUGGAUUUACGGAUUUGUUUGAGAACUUCAUCGAUGCGGAGAAUGUCAUGUUUACUUUCUACGAUGAUGCCCUAUUUACCUACACCACCCUUCGGGGAACAAAUGGCAACCUUCUCCCAAAAAUCAGUUAUGGCUAUACAGAGUGGAAACCUCUUGGCCUUGGAGUAUCCGGACUUGUCUGCUCAGCACGGGAUCAGCUUGCUCAUCGCACUGUCGCCGUGAAGAAACUCGCAGAACCUUUCAAGACACCAGCUAUUGCAAGACACAUGUUUCGAGAAAUAAAAUUACUAAGACAGUUGCGACAUGAAAAUAUCAUCAACCUGACCGAUAUUUUCAUUUCUCCGUCUGAAGACAUAUAUAUUGUGACCGAACUUAUGGCAACCGACCUUAGUACAAUUCUCAAGGCGAAAAAGGUCGAAGACCAAUUCGCCCAAUACUUCAUGUACCAAAUAAUGCGUGGCUUGAAAUAUCUCCACUCAGCCGGUGUCAUCCACCGAGAUCUAAAACCAAGCAACAUCCUCGUCAACGAGAACUGCGACCUGAAAAUAUGUGACUUCGGCCUAGCCCGCAUCCAAGAAUCCCACAUGACCGGCUACGUCUCGACAAGGUACUACCGUGCCCCAGAGAUCAUGCUCACAUGGCGAAAGUAUACCGAAAAAGUCGAUAUGUGGAGUGCCGGGUGCAUCUUCGCGGAAUUAUUUCUCGGCGAGCCUCUAUUCCCCGGAACAAACCAUAUCAACCAGUUCUGCGUCAUCACCGAUCUACUCGGUAAUCCGCCCAAAGAAGUGGUCAACAAUAUCACGAGUGAGAAUACAUUGAACUUUAUCAACUCACUCCCAAAACGAGAACGCAAACCAAUAUCACAGGUCAUUCCCAAAGCCAAUGCAGAUGCGGCUGCAUUGAUCGACAAGAUGCUUGAAUUCGACCCCCAAGUACGAAUCUCGGCAACAGAAGCACUCUCAUCUCCAUAUCUCGCUCCAUACCACGAUCCAAACGAUGAACCAGUCGCUGCACAACCAUUCGACUGGGCUUUCCUAGAAGCAAAUCUUCCAGCUGAUAUCUGGAAAACUAUCAUGUACAAUGAGGUGCUAGCAUUUCACUCAGAAAUGAACCAAACAGGCCAGAGCGGGCCGAUGAAAUCAAUACAACAGGUGGACGGUAUGGACAUCGGUUAA